AAAACAAGGAAGAAAACUCCAGUAAAACCAUAAGAUCUUAUUAUUUCUUUCUACAAUGAGCAUAUUGAAAAAUUUAGUAAUCAUCUCCGUUCUCGGAAUAUUAGCACCUCGUUAUUCCGAAUCUGAGAUAUCUUGCAGUGUUGUUCUAAGCGAUUUGCAGCCAUGUGUUAGCUACUUGACUAGCGGAAGUGGAAAACCUCCGGCGACUUGUUGCGAAGGAGUUCAAAAAUUAGACGCAGCGACCACUACAUCUGCCGAUAAAAAGGAGGCUUGUGAAUGCAUCAAGUCAGUGGCUAGCACUGUCACCGUGAAGCCUGAAUUGGAAGCUCUCGCUAGCAAUUGUAACGCAAGCUUGCCGGUUGACGCAUCUUCUACUGUCGACUGCAAAACGGUUGGUUGAGAUAUUUUCAGUAUCAUGGAGUGGUCCGUCUAUCAUUCUUAAGUAUGACAUUUACAUCAAUAAAGGCCUUGUAUUAUAUUGUUUGUGUCUCUAGGCCAAAUCAUUAUAAGGUUCAUAUAAUUUAGUUACGUUGCAUAUGUUAAUGUAUAAGUAUUAUCUGUUAAAUUCUUAACUAGUGCAUUUACUUUC